AUGAUUGUUCAUAUUGUGCCAGGUGCAAUACCAAGAGAAAUUGGUAAUCUACAAAACCUUGAGUUGUUCAAUAUAGGUGGCAACAACCUUACUGGACCAAUUCCAUUUGAGAUCUUCAAUAUCUCAACAAUACGAGAAAUUGCCAUGUCUUUCAAUAACCUCUCAGGCCCUCUUCCAUCAAAUGUAGGCUUCUUUCAUCCAAAUCUUCAGCAUCUUUUACUUGGAGGAAACAAACUAAGUGGAACAAUACCUAGCUAUAUCUCCAAUGCUUCACAACUCAUUGAUUUGGAUCUGAGCGCCAACUCAUUUUCGGGCUUAAUUCCUAAAUCACUAGGUAAUUUAUGGCUCCUCGAGCGGCUCAAGCUAGAAAGAAAUAACUUGACCAUUGACUCUUCAACUACAGAGCUCAACAUUUUCUCUUCUUUGUCAAAUUUGGCACAUCUAAGCAUUUUAGUUUUGUCAAAUAAUCCAUUGAAUGUCAUCCUUCCCAAUUCUAUUGGAAAUCUCUCUUCCUCUCUUCAAGAACUUUACAUUGAAAGUUGCAAUAUCAAGGGCAUCAUUCCUAGAGAUAUAGGCAAUUUAAGUAACUUGGUGACUUUGGCCCUAGGGAACAAUGAAUUGGUUGGACCUAUUCCAACUACUGUGGGAAGAUUGCACAAGCUUCAAUCUCUCGGUCUUGUUAAUAAUAGACUAGAAGGUCCCAUCCCAUAUGAACUUUGUCAUUUGGAGAGCUUGUAUGCAAUGAUUUUUGGUGGUAAUGAGCUUUCUGGACCCAUUCCUGCAUGCUUGAAUAAUCUCACUUUUCUAAGAUAUAUUCACUUAGAAUUCAACCAGUUAACUUCCAUGAUUCCCUUGAGCUUGUGGAGCCUUAAAGAUAUCUUGGAAGUCUUCCUCUCAUCAAACUCUUUAAGUGGCCCUCUACCAUUAGAGAUUGGAAACAUGAAGGUCUUGAGAGUAUUAGAGUUAUCGACAAAUCAACUAUCUGGUCAUAUACCAGAAACAAUCGGUAGCCUCAAAGAUCUAGCUAAUCUCUCAUUGGCGAACAAUCAAUUAGAAGGUCCAAUUCCUGAAUCAUUUGGUAAAAUGGUAAGCUUGGAAUUCUUGGACCUUUCCAAUAACAAAUUAUCUGGAGAGAUUCCCAAGUCUUUAGAAUCAAAUUCACAACUCAAAUUCCUAAAUGUCUCUUUUAAUAGACUACAAGGAAAAAUUCCUAUAGGAGGACCAUUUGUACACUUCUCCGCUGCAUCAUUUAUGUCAAAUGAUGGACUUUGUGGUCCUCCUCUACUAAAUGUUCAAUGUAAAAAGACUGCAGCAGGACAUAUACUGAAGUAUGUAUUACCAACAAUUGUGUUAACAAUGCUUGUAGUUGCUCUUGUGUUAAUAUGGUCAAGACAACAAAAAAGGAAUAUGAGAAUUUCAGUGGAGGAAAACUCAUUACCACUAGCCACGUGGAGAAGAACUUCCCAACAAGAACUCAUACAAGCAACAGAAGGAUUCAAUGCAAGCAACUUACUGGGUAAAGGGAGCUUUGGAUCAGUAUACCUAGGGACACUCUCAGAUGGAAUGAUUGUUGCAAUAAAAGUUUUCAACUUGGUAGUAGAAGGGGCAUUCAAGAGUUUUGAUACAGAAUGUGCGGUACUGAGCAAUAUUCGGCAUCGAAAUCUUGUCAAAAUCAUCAGUACGUGUAGUAACAUCGAAUUCAAAGCUUUUGUAUUGGAAUACAUGCCUAAUGGGACCCUAGAGAAUUGGUUGUAUUCUCAAGACCGCUGCUUGAGUAUUUUACAAAGACUAAACAUAAUGAUUGAUGUCGCGUCAGCAUUGGAAUAUCUUCAUUAUGGUUAUCCAACACCUAUUGUUCAUUGUGAUUUGAAGCCCAGCAAUAUCUUAAUAGAUGAAGAUAUGGUUGCACAUGUUGCUGAUUUUGGCAUUGCCAAACUAUUAGGUGAUGGGGAUUCUAUGAUGCACACCAUGACUCUCGCUACUAUUGGAUAUAUGGCACCAGAGUAUGGGUUGGAAGGAAUUGUUUCUACAAGUGGCGAUGUGUAUAGUUAUGGUAUUUUGCUUAUGGAAACUUUCACAAAAAAGAAACCUACCGAUGACAUGUUUGCUGAAGAAAUGAGCUUGAAGCGUUGGGUAGAGGAAUCAUCGCCCCUUUCAGUAACUAAAGUCAUUGAUGCUAAUUUGUUGACAACCGAAAGUGAUUAUGCUUCUAUAGAGGAUUGCAUGUCAUCCAUAAUGGAGCUGGCAUUGCACUGUUGUGCAGAGUUACCUAAGCAAAGGGUUGAUGGAAAAAGUAUUUCAAUCACACUCAACAAGAUCAAAUUGAAGUUUCUACAAGAUAGUGAAGGAAGCUAGUAUGAGAGCAUCAAAUUUGUUUAUAGCUCUUUCAUGUUUGUGCUCUUGAAAUAAUAUUACAAUACUCCCUUAAUAUUUGAAAACCAUAGUUAACAUAUUAUUGCAACAAAUAUUC